AUGCCACCAAUUCAUUUAACCACAAUUUCCGACGAAAUAGAAGAAGCAAUUUCUCAAGAUGUAAUAAAGCCAAUGACCAGUUGUCGGCCACAACCGGCCGCCGCUACUCCUGGAGCACCUCAAGUCGAUGCCGCUGCUGCUGCUAUAGUGCUACAUCUGCCACAACCGGCUGCCGCUACUCCUGGAGCACCUCAAGUCGGUGCCGCUGCUGCUGCUAUAGCGCCCCCUCUUCUCCGUCGCGGGCGGCCACAACCGGCUGCUGCUCCUCCUGGACCACCACCUCAAGUCGGGCGGAGUGUGCCCAUUGCCGCUGCCGCUGCUAUGGAGCCACGUAUUGUCGGUCGGAGUCGGCCAGUACCGAUUCCCACUCCUCCUGGACCACCUCAAGUCGGGCGGAGUAUGCCCAUUUCCGCUGCCGCUGUUAUGGAGCCACGUCUUGUCGGUCGGAGUCGGCCAGUACCGAUUCCCGUUCCUCCUGGACCACCUCAAGUCGGGCGAAGUAUGCCCAUUGCCGCUGCCGCUGCAAUGGAGCCACGUCUUGUCGGUUUGAGUCGGCCAGUACCGAUUCCCGCUCCUCCUGGACCACCUCAAGUCGGGCGGAGUAUGCCCAUUGCCGCUGCCGCUGCUAUGGAGCCACGUCUUGUCGGUCGGAGUCGGCCAAAACCGGCUACCGCUCCUCCUGGAGCACCUCAAGUCGGUGCCGCUGCCGCUGCAAUGGAGCCACGUCUUGUCGGUCGCGGUCGGCCACAACCGGCUGCCACUCCUCCUGGAGCACCUUUAAGUUGGUCAACUUGGGCCUAG